AGCGCGCAGUUCCUCUGAGGAAGCGGACUGCGGAGCAGGAGGCGUGCGCCCCAAACUCCCGCCGACGCCAGCGAACGCCGCCAGCGUCUGCGCCGUCCGCACCCCGCGGGUCGCCGCAGGCUCCGGCUCCGACGGCAGUCACCUCGCGCCGCCGCGCCGUCCUCGGCUGCCAGCGCCUGCUCCUUUCUGCGACAGGAAACGGUCGGAGCCGCAGCCGACCGCCGGGCGGCGAGGAGGGACGCGGAGCAUGUGGAAGCCGAGCCGGAGCCGGGUGCUUCUGGACGAGCCCCCGGAGGAGGAGGACGGCCUGCGGGGGGCGCCGCCGCCCACCGUCCCCGCCCCGGCACAGGUACAGGGAGCAAGUUUCCGAGGGUGGAAAGAAGUGACUUCUCUCUUCAAUAAAGACGACCAGCAGCGGCUCCUGGAAAGACACGAGUCUCCCAAGUCCAAAGGCACUAACGUACGAUUAAAGGAAGAACUGAAGACAGAGAAGAAAUCUGGAUUUUGGGACAAUUUGGUUUUAAAACAGAACAUACAGCCUAAAAAGCCAGAUGAGAUUGAAGGUUGGGAGCCUCCGAAACUCGCUCUGGAAGAUGUGUCGGCUGACCUGGAGGACGCCACGGGCGGCCCCUUGUCCCGGCCGGGCUGGGAGGAGGGUGCCAAGGGCUCAGCCAAGUACACCACCCUGGCCGACGCAGCCACCAGCUCCCGGUGGAGCCUCCGGUCAGCCGGCAGGCUGGCACUCAUCAAAACGCUGCAGUGGAACCAGAGACACCCUGCCUUCAGACCAGAGGAUGGUGAACAGACAGCUGCCACCUGUGCAGUAUCCACACUGCAGAGAAUCCUGCUUGCUUGGGAUCUGCGUCACAGCCAUCACCUGAUUGUGGACUGGGCUGAGGAGACGGAAGGCCAGCUCCAGGUGGAAGAGGCGUUGGCACACGUUGCUCAGAGCACAGGCCGGAAGCCACAGAGCCCUGCUUUUCUUCACUGCUGAGACAUGAUUUUGUGACCUCUGGCUACAAAACUGUGUGAAAAGAACUGAUGCUGUAGGGCAGAAGACGGUGGCAAAAAUUCUUGUUCUGUGAGACAUCUUCUAAAGCCCAACAGGCAGCAGCACCAAAGGAAACCAGCUUCCCAGGGGAUGCAGAUUGGGAGAGACACACAACUUGGUGCUUCGGGUUUCUGGGGAGGGGAGUAUUCUAUUUGGGAACAUGUUACAUAUCUUCAAAAAGCAAAAUCAGAGAAAGUACUGGAAAGAUAUGUGAAAUCUUGAAGUAGAAUUAUGGGUAACAUUUUUUGUGUUUUGGCUUUUAAAAAAAUACUUUGAUUGCAAAAGUAAUAUAUCUAUUCAUUGUAGAAAGAGUAACAAGUACAAAAAGCUAAUAUUAUAUAACUUUGUAAAUGGAAAAUGUCAAUAUAUACAAAGAGGCAAAUCAGGGUUGGCAAAGUAGAGUUGUGUGGCCCACCUGUUUCUGCACAGCUCAUAAGAAUGAUUUCUGCAUUUUUAAAUGGAGAAAAAAUGUAAGGUGAUUUCAUGGCAUUAAAAGCAUAUGAAAUUCAAAUUUCAGUGUCCAUUCCACACUCAUAUGUGUACAGAUGACCUGAGUGGUUGCAAGAGACACCCUGUGGCUGGCAAAACUAUUCACCAUCUGCCCCGGUACAUAAAAAGUGGGCUUGCACCCCAGUGUAAACUCUUAUGUGCACCUACCCCCUUCCAGCCUCAAUAAUUACCAAUCCUCGGCCAAUCUUGUUACAUUUAUAGUUACCCUCAGCCCAAUGGAUUAUGUUUAAGUAAUUCCCAGACAUUCUAUAAUUUUACCUUCAUAUUAUUUAAAUAAAGUUGAAAAUUCACCCAGAAGAUACAUGAAGCAAACACAGCCCUGCAGUAACUGGCAGAGACUUUAAUGCCCCACUUCAGUUAUGGAUGGAAGACAGCAGCUGUGAGCCCCACACAGCUGGGCCUGACAACAUGCACAGAACCGUCCCAGCAACAGCAGCGCACAUUUUUCUCAAGUCCAAAUGGAACUUCUUGCAAAACGGA